AGUUCCAGAAAGAAAAUACGGUAAUAAAGAUGGCGACUCCCAUGGCUGCCAUCAGGCAAUUCUUGCCACGGACUUUUGAGAGACUUACAGUGUUACCUGCACUGGGAAUUAGACAUGGAGAGAGCAAUGUACCCAGGAGGAUGUGCGGCGUUACACAGCUUCCCUGUCGACAAUAUUCUGAUAAGGUUCUAGAAGGAAUGGGCGAGUUUGUUGAAGAAGAAGAGCAGCUGGAUUUGGACCUCCUCGAUCAGCCAGCGGUUCGAACGCGCCCCAUAGAUCGCCCGUGGGAGAAGACGAGGCGUUGGCAUGCGAAGCAGUACGCCAGAAUGGGAAAGGCUUCUGGUGUUGAUCCCGCAAUCAUGUGGCCUACAAAAUCAGAACUAAGUAAACUUAUUGAAGAGGAGAAAGAAUAUUUUCCAAGUCUUCAGGAAAUGCAAACCGAACUUGCAGCUGAGAAACAAGCAGCAGAUUUGGAAAGACUCAAAAGGGAGAAGCUUAUUGCCGCCAAUAUGGCUAAGAUGCCGAAGAUGAUAGAGGAUUAUUGGAAACAAGUGGAAGAGGAAAGAGCCAAGAGAAGAGAGCAGAAAGAAAAGAGAAAUCGUCUUCUUGCCCUUGCCAAGGAGAAGCUUGGCUAUGCCGUCGACCCUCGCAGUCCUCGCUUUAAACAGAUGGUAGAAGAAAUGGAAGCGGAGGAGAAAAAGAGAAGGAAAGAACUCAAGAAGAAAGGAAUCAAAAUAUGAUCUAAAGAAGUUCUGCAAUAUGAUGGUAUCAUUACUCAGGCAAAGACUAUUUUGAUUUUGACUCUUUCUCUUCAGAGGAACAUGUAUUUCAAGGAAAUAAGAUAUUCUUGAUUUGUUUGGAUGAGUCCAAUUAUUUGACGAAUGUCAAUAAUACCUAUUAAAAUGAAUGGUUUUACUAGUACACAGUGCAUAAUAGUGCUCAACAUCAGUGGUAUAGCAUGCUGGCUAAUGUUUGAAGGUUACAGUACAUCUGCAAUUUACAUGCAAGUACAUUACUAAUAUAUAGAUGUUAAUGAGCUAUUCUCAUUCUCACUUGUGAAAAUCAGGAAAAUCUAAAAAGGAAAAACUGCAAAAUCAAUGUAUUGUAACUGCAUUUACCAAAUACCAUGUGAGGUGGAAGGAACUACAGAAAAUGCGAAAAGAAUAUUAUUGAUAAAAUCGUGUGAAAAAUCGAGGAAAUACAUGAUGUACAAAAUGAUGUUUAUUGAUCACAACUAGGAUAAGUUUGCAUUUAGGUUGACUGAUAAGCUGCUGAGCUAUUACUAUAUCAACAGUGAUUUUCAUACCUUUCAAUAUGAAAAGAGGCCUAAUCUUUAUCAAAAUGCAAUGUCACUUUUUCUACCAGUUCUUUUGAGAUAAAAUGGUACCCACUGAAUAAAUCAAUAAACAGUUUAAUUCUGAAAUCGAGAUGUAAACUAGUUCUACUACCAACCCAACAAACCAAUUCACAUCAGUUUAUAUUUUUUUGUUAUCUGAAAUUUUUUUCAAAAGCUCCAUUUUUCUAAAAGAAAUUCCCUUUACAACUAGUGGCAUAAAUGUAAUCAGUCAGGGAUUUUUUUUCUGUUACACUGGUAAUAACUACAGUUCCCAGUACUGAUUUUCAGAAACUGAUGUUAUACACUUGUGUCUAAUAGCGCCUUACUCUCCUGUACCAGCCGCACAGAAACGUUAGCACUAAUAAUGCGGUAACAGUCAGAGGCCCUGUUACAAAUGGUAAUGUCGCAGUGUUGCCUGAUACCACGCCUUGAUACAUAUUGGAUCAACGCUUGGCAUCACAAUCCAAAUGACUGGGCCUACUCUUAGUGCUCUGUUAGCACUAACAUUUGUGUGCAGCCCGUACAGGUCUCUCACCAUUUUUGCCACAAACGUAAAGCAAAUUAUCCUGCAUUUCAAGACAUAUGUAUUGAAGCAGUGUCCUUUAAAGUACACGAUGUAUGUAAAUGACUUGCGUCGAUCCAAGUCGUAAUUAUUUGCUGGAGAAAUGUAUUCUGUAUAUUGAAUAAAUUUCAUAAAAACAUGCUCCCUUCUAUCCCAAAUCUUUAAAUGGUCCCAAAAAUUUCGACUUGGGCAACGUUACCUAUAUGUAUUAUUGGAAGCAGAGACGGAGAAGGGUAGAGUUAACGAGAGGGAGAGAGAGAGGGGGUGGAGAGAGAAAAGCAGAGAAGAGAGAGGGAAGAUGGGUGUGGAGUUGAAUGCGAGUCACAGAGAGAGUAAAGAUAUGAAGUAUAAAUGGUUUAUAUUGUACCACACACAUUUAAAGAAUGAUAAUUCACGAUUUUGUUUCUUACGCUACAAAGUCAAAGUUUUUAUUUAUUCCAAGUAAAUAGAUAAGCGAUCCAUCGAUUAUUGUCAAACUCUGGAUAGAGAGCUUAUAAGAAGGAACAUAUAAGUUUACUGUACAAACCCAUUUACAUUUAAAUACAUUUAUUAAGACAGACACUAGCCUUAACCACAGCAAAAUAUAAUCAGACUUCAUAUUUCUUUUUAAAUGCUGUUGCAUUCCUCUCUUUUUUCAUCCCCACUGCUCAAACAGUAUACUUUGCCAAAGGUAUAAAUGUAUUCAAUAUGUGUGAUCUUGCACAUUUAAAUAAUACUGCCAAAUAUUCAAAUAAUUUUUGAGCACAUGCAGAUAGACAUGAUCUUGCAGCUAUUUAAUUUUUAUGACUUUUGAAAGCAAAGGUUCUUAUUUUGCCAUAUGUUGAGACUUGAGAGAAAGAAAGGAAACAGAAUGUGAAAAAGUUCAUUGCCCCCCUCCACAUUGUCUUAUGGUUCAUUAACUAUACAGCCAUUUUGAAAUUUAAAAUAUCAAAUUAAUUUAUAGUACAGAUCCAUGAUUUUACUUUCCUUCUGCGACCAUUCCUUUUUGUCAUUUACUGUAAAGUAGAUGAAGAAAAUAUGACAAAAAUAAUUAAACCCCCAAUUCUAGAUCAAUCUUUCCAUUAUGCAUAUCUACAAAACCAUUUCCUUGUCCAAAGAGGGCUUCACAGCAUCUUUCAAUAAUAUACACUACAUAUAUCAUAUUUCUUCAUCCUCAUCAGUAAUGGAGUUGAGGCCAAAUUUUAUAAGCAUUGGGCCAAGCCCCAAUAUAGAAAGGUUUCUCUGGAAUUCCCAGUCUCAACUCCAUUCCUGGGGGGUGUUUCACAAAGAUUCAGGUAAAACUUUAGAGAGACACACUAACAUUUCCAGUUGCGUACGGUGAAGAAGACAUCACCGCAUUUACCAAACCAUGCUAAGAGGACACAGGCUACUAUGAAUUAAUCAAUAAUUUUGCCUGUUAUGUAACAUGUGCAUCAGCAUUUAAGCAUGACUCUCAAGUCACACUUUACCUCUUUGUGAAACCCUCCCCGUGGGUGUUUCAUAAAGCUAUUCGUAAGUUAAGAGCCGCUUUAAGAACGACUGGUGAUCCUGUCUUGUUGUAAAUGGUAUAUUCAAUGGCGAUGGUUUAGUGCAUAAGAAAAAUAUCACCUGUCGUUCUUAAAGUCGCUCUAACUUAUGAACAGCUUUAUGAAAUGGCCCGUUUCUUUUAGAUACAUGUUAUCCAAGGAUCAAAACAACUCUAAUGCUCAGCAUUGGCUAAGUCUACAUCUUCUCCUUCACCAUCUUCCCUGUCUAAAAUAACAUUCGAGAAUAAUUAUAACAUACUGUAAUAAUCACUUUUAACACUGAUAAACUCACAUGACUCCAUUAAGAAAAAUAAAUUGUUUUUAAAAAUCAUUCAUGGCUUAACUAAAGAUGAAUAUGCCAACAAUGAAACUUUGCUAAAAGCUGAACAUUAAAAAGGCAGAAUAAUAAUACUUCUACAAAUGACAAAAGGAAUAUAAAGUAGCAAAUGAAUGCCCUAAACAUUUCAUUUAGUUUAUAUCAAAUUUUUAGAUUUUUGUGAUGUGCCAUUGGAGGCUUCAUCAAGUGUGUAUCUUGUUUCUAUGAAAUCAUCAGACUGCGCCAGAACCUAGUACCAUAAAGCUUAGCAAUCGAUUGUGGGGCUGGUUUUUAAGAUUGAUCAUACACAACAAUCAAUGCAACCAAUCAUAGAAAUCAGUCCUAAUCUCAAAUUGCUAAACUUUUAGUUACAGAGACCUCAUGGAUGAUUCUUAAUAUCAAAUCCUGGGCUUCGUAACACAAAGAUUAACGAUCAAUCCAUAAUUGACUGGCCAAUCAAGAUUAACGUAACACGCACAUUCGGUUUAAAAUACUGACCAGGGGGCCGUUUCAUAAAGCCGUUCGUAAAUUAAGAGUGACUGGUGAACCUUUCUUAUGCGCUAAACCAUCGCCAAUGAAUAUACCAUUUGCCACUAGAAAGGAUCACCAGUCGUUCUAAAAGUCGCUCUUAGCUUACAAACAUCUUUAUGAACCACCCACCCAGAACCAAUCAGUGCUGUUCUUUCAUAUUUGCAUUUCAUCGCAAACAUUUGUGUUACAAAGCCCAGAACACAAAAUAGAGAGAGGAUUGGGAUGGUAAAUGGCUUUAACAUGAUCACUAAAUCGUUAAAAAGA